AUGAGCUCUGUAGAGCGGAUGUCCCCUUUGGACCUCCUAAAACUGAACCGCACAAACCUCGAUCCUCUCACUGAGAACUAUGACCUCGGUUUCUACCUCAAUUACUUGAACAAAUGGCCAUCGCUCUUCAGCAAGAUCACGGACCGUGAGGCAGGCAUUGUGGGCUACAUCAUGGGCAAGCUCGAGGAGCAACACCCCUCUAUGCGAAACUCCGAGCAUUACACACCGUGGCAUGGUCACAUCACUGUCUUGACCGUUGCACCUGCCUGGCGCCGUCUAGGCUUCGCCCGUCGCCUGACCGAACAGCUGGAACGCGGAUCAGACAGUAAUGACGCCUGGUUUGUGGAUCUUUACGUUCGCGCCGGAAACAAGGUGGCUAGCAAUAUGUACAGAGACAUGGGAUACUCGGUCUUCCGGCGUGUGGUGAACUAUUACAGCGAUGAUCCGUCGGGAAUGUCGGAUACUGGGGAAGACGCAUUCGACAUGCGUAAGCCAUGCAGUCGGGAUAAGAAUCUCGAGCAUGUGCGAGAAAAUGGCGAGGAGUUCCGUGUUGAACCGGAAGAUGUUAUGUAG